AUGGCUCUCGACAUCUUCAGGAUUCAUCGGAGCCCUUUCUUGCUCUCCAUGUGGCUCAUUUAUCUGUUUCAGGGUAACUUUUCCCUGCUCAGUCUCUCUGACUCGGAUGGAGCCCGGUUCAUAAAGACAUUUGCUGAUGUCUUUGAAAAUACAGCAAUUCGCCCCGUGAAGAACUUCACUCAGCCAUUGGAAAUCAACCUCACCAUCCAACUCCAUGCGAUACUGGGUCUGGAUGAGAAGCAAGAAAUUCUAACAACAUAUCUCUGGAUGGAACAGAGGUGGUUUCAUGACUUCCUGGUGUGGGACCCAUCAGACUUCAGCGGGAAAGACUUGGUCGCUCUGCCUAAGGAGAAGCUCUGGCUUCCCGAUGUCCUCAUCCUUGAGAUGGUAGAUGAAGAUAAAUCUGCUGAGACCCCAUAUCUGUAUGUGCAUCACACAGGGUUGGUCAUCUAUGGGAAACCGCUGAGGAUCGUCAGUUCGUGUAAUCUCAAUAUCUUGUACUUUCCGUUCGACAUUCAGAAAUGUCCACUUACAGUUUCAUCCAUCACCUUUUCUGACAAAGAUGUGAAACUGCACAUCAAAGAGACUUCUGAGGAGAUAACGUCCAAAUCCAAGAAAGUUUUUGCAAGCAAAGGAGAGUGGGAACUCCUCCAGAUCACAGCUUCUGAGGAGAGUGUUCUGGGGGACUGGGGAAGCUUUGAUUUUAUAUCCUUGGAGUUCAGUGACUGGACCAAGCCCUCACAAUCAUCGUCUCUCGUCAUGCAGGUGUCAAUGAAGCGGAGGCCAAUGUUUUACAUUGUGAACAUACUCAUCCCGAGUGCCUUCCUCAUGCUGACGGACAUUGUGAGCUUUUAUCUGCCUGCUCAUAGUUUUGACCGAGCCUCCUUUAAGAUGACCCUCAUGUUAGGCUAUUCAGUUUUCCUCAUCAUUGUGAAGGACUUGUUACCCAGUAACUCAUCCCACACUCCAUUGAUAGCCAUUUUCUUCCUGGUGUCUCUGACCUUCAUGGUCAGCAGUUUGUUUGAGACAAUCAUCAUUAUAAACAUCAUCCACCAGAAUGCGAAACAGAGGAAGCCAAUCCCAGCUUGGAUGAGAACCAUCGUUUUGAACUAUGGGGCGAAACUGUUCUGGCGGAGAGGGAAGCCACCCGUUUACCAUCAGAUUUCCCGUGUCCCACCGGCCACUAAAAUCACAGUCCAAGAUUGUGAAAUGAAGAGUUCCUUGUCAGAGGAGAUUGAUGUUCUUCAGGCAUUGCUGAAUAGGAUCGCUGAGGGAGUGGAGGAAAUCAAACAGGGCCUGGAACGACAUGACCAAGAGCGGGAGCUGGAGGACGAGUGGCUGCAGAUUGGUCACAUCCUCGACUGUGUCCUUCACUCUGUGUACUGCAUAUUCUUCACAGCUUUCUUGUUAACUCUCGCUGUGACUUGGCUGAUGUGA